UUAAUACUCCUAAGUUUGUUUACAAAAUGGCGCUGAAAGAUGAAAUUUUUUAUCGAAUAAUAUUUUGUGUGCAUUUGAACUAAUAAGACCAUGUAGGAAUCGAAAUAUGUGAUUUUAAGUAGGAAUUUUAGAGAAUGUAAAACCACAGUUUGCUAUUGUCCUUUCGUUAUGUCGGACAAAUUGAAACACCAAAAAGGUGGAGAUUCACGACUUGCGGUUCUACGAGAUUUGGGUAACCAACUGCAGAUAAAGGCAGAAAAAAUGAGACUGCUAGCACGUGCAGAGGAAGGUCUUAGUGAUGGGGAACACAAUCCAUAUUCUUCUACGUACGUGACUCGAGAUGGCUCUGCAAUCUUAACAGAAAUGAUAGAAAAGGAAUCAAAGAUUAUUCAAAGUCAGCAUAUUAGCAGGAUUAAAAAUGAAACAAGAUCAAAGAAUCAACCUGAACCUCGAGAUGCAGUGCCACCCUCAGCUGCUAGACAGAGAAGAAGAAACAAGGUCAAAUCAGGGUCAACAGGUCAAACUAAAAUAGACAUCAAACAUUACAGACCAGGUUACACUUGGAACAGAGGUGGCAGAAUGAAGGAAAUUAGAAUAAGACACCUUGCAAGAAAAUUUCUUUUCAUCUGGAAAAGGAAAGUUUUUGGUAGAGUGACACCAUUUCAGGCAAGGGAGCACUAUAGACGUAGAUUACUCCGAGUAACAUUCAGGGUGUGGCACGGCAUGUGGUGGGAGUUACGAAAGGAAUGGCGUCUUGUUGUUCGAGCUGAAUGCCAUCAUAGAUAUGUUUUAUGGCAGAGGACAUUUAGUGCAUGGAGAGAGUUUGUAGAAAUACAGAAAGUAAAAAGUGCAAAGCUUAUUUUGGCUGAAAGACAUGCUUCUACAAAAUUAAAAAGGAAAUGCGUAAUGGGAUGGUGGUUAUAUGUUUACAGCAGACGCAAAAAGAAUGCAAAGAAUAAACAAGCCAUGUCUUACCACAACAAUAACUUACUCAGGAAAUGUUGGCAGCAAUGGUAUGGUAGUUAUGAGGUAGUGUUACAUAGACAACAUAUGGAGAGUGUAGCCUUACAGUUCUGGGCAUACAGGAUUCAAGCACAGUAUUGGUUAAUAUGGCAGUCUAAGUUGUCAGAGAGGAAGUCCGGGGUGAUGAAACAAUAUCGUGCUGUACGCCACCAUAACACUGUCAUAGUACACAAAUGUCUACGUGCCUGGAUAUCUUACUGGGCUAGGAGAAGACAAAAGGUGCAAGAAAAAUAUCACUGUGAAAGACUUAACCACAACAUAUUAGUUAGACGUAUGUUUGGAAUAUGGUAUAGAGCUUUCCAGUACAGAGAGCGACUUCAUGAAAGACAAGACAGAAUUAUCUCCCUUGCAGAAAAGUUCCAGAAGCGCAGAGCUUUGAUACACUGGAAACAUUAUAUUGAGCAGCAGAAAGAGAAAUAUGAAAUGAUUGCUGAGGCAGAGAAUCACUACAACAGAAAACUUCUGAGUGUGGGAUUUUCAUCAUUUCGGUUAUGUGUUGUACAGAAACAUCUCAAGGUGAUGUGGAAUGAGAUGGCUGCACAGUUGAGAUAUAAACAUUUAACAAGAUGGGGAUGGUUAACUUGGCUGUCAAGAUGUGAGAAUAAGGAGGAAUUGAGAAUUGUCACUCAGUCACACAUGGCUUCGAAACAUUACAGGAAAGUAUUAUUAAGGAAGUGUUUCAACCAACUACAGUUGUAUACAGAAUGGAGGCAACACCGCCAGGCCCAGUAUAACAAGGCCGAUGCCCAUUUCUACAUGCAAGAGAUGCCCAAGUACAUGUUUAGAUUGAAAGUAUUUGUUCAGCUGAUGAAGAAUAAGAGAGAGAACUCACAGAAAGCUGUAGAAUUCAGAAGAGAAAAUGGUCUUGCCAGGUUUUACUAUCUGUGGGUUAACCAGUUUGAGUUUAGUAAAGAAUACAGAAUGAAUGAAAGAAUGGCAAUUCUCCACUAUGACAGUAAGCUGAGUAAAGGGUUCUUCAAAUCUUGGAAACAGAAAACUGCAAAUGUUUUACAGGAAGCAGAGAAAAUGGAAAUUGCAACAGAACAUUAUAAUGAGGUUCUUUGUAGGAACUACCUAGCAUCUUGGAGAAAUUAUAUUCACACUAUCAAAAAGAGUCAAAGACAGGAUGUGGAGGCAUCCAGAUAUUACUGUAGAAGAAUUAUGAAAAGAUGCAUUCAUGCAUGGAUUAUGUACACAAGGCAGCAAAGAGAGAAGAAACGUAAAACAGAGAGGGCGAGGAACCAAUAUCACAGAAGAUUGAGUCACAAAGUCAUUGCCAUGUGGUUACACUAUGUUGAUACACAGCGAGCUAUCAAUGCCCGCGUUGAAAUCAUGUACAGGAAAAAAUGUCUAUCCUUUCUUAGUGAUGCUUUUCAUACCUGGAAGAAUAAUGUAGGUGAACGGAAGCUUGAGAAGCAUACGGAGUUUAUUGCUGAAAGACAUUAUACCCUUAAAAUACUUGCCAAGGUAUUCACAGCAUGGCACAGAUACUCUGCCAUUCAUGCCUACAAGAAGUCAGAAACAAGGCAGUGGGUGGAUUCUGCAAGACAACACUUAGACACAUUUGUUUUCGAAAUUUAUUUUACAAAAUGGAGAACUCAUUAUGUGGACCAUCUUGCUAUGAGAAUAAAAUAUGCCAGGGCAGUUGACCUUCGUAAUGCUAAGGUGAAACAGAAGGUUAUGGUAACCUGGCAACUGUUCACUAGAGAAUCUAUAAGAAAAUCUCUGUUGAGAAAACAAAGUGACUGGUUCCAUAACUUACGUCUGACAGCAAGAAGUUUUAUUGCCUGGAAACAUGCAUAUGCUGCCGUGCAGGUAGAAAAACAGAAGUCCAGUCUGGCCCUCUGGCAUUGGUGUCUUAAUCUACAUAAAAAGGUUUUAAUGGCCUGGUACGUGUACACACAGGAAUGUAAACAUAAACAGUCCCGGAUCCAGGCAGCCAUGGAGCGUAGGAGAUCUCGCCUCAUCAGAAAUGGCAUCACCCAGUGGCUUCGUGUUGCAGACGAUAUGUCAGCUAUGAGAAAACAAAUGGCUGUCCAGCAGCAGACCAAGACUGUGUAUGAAACAUACCAGUUAGUUCUGAGAUGUGGUCUACACUGGAAAUCCUGGGCAAGUAAAAAACGUCAGACCAGGGGAGGUCAAAAACCCAUUGGCGAUUUAAGAGAUGGUAAGGGUAGGAUCACUUCAAAAGCUGAUAACUCUACAAAGAUGGAAGAGAAUAGAGGUCAUUCAUUGAAUUCUACACCAAGAUUUCCUGCAUCCUUGUUCAAUACUCCAAGAGAGGCAUCUGAUGCCCAUAUGGUGAGGGCAAUAACUCAUGAAUCACAGUUACCUGCCCCUGUUGUAACAGUAUCACCAGGAAGGUCAAAGGCUAAUCGUACUGGAGGUUCACAGUUAGGGGGCCAAGCACAUGCUAGAGCUAAGCCAAGACAGCCUAGUUUCCUGAUGGAAUCCUUGAAAAGAGCUGGUUUGUUUGUUCAUGAUACACAAAGUGAUGCUCCAUCAAAUGAAGUCACAGAAGAUCAAUGGAAAUCAAAUGUAGCCAUGAAAACACCUCAUAUUGAAAGAUUAAAUCUUUCAAACUUGACAACUAAUCAAUCAGAUGUUGAUACUGAUAGAACAUUAACUCCACAUUUGAUUGGCUCUGCUAAAAGUGAACAGACUGUGUCUCAACAUAGUGCUAGAGUACCAUUCCAGAUUUAUGAAAAUACUGGAGAACCAGUCUCUAAUGAACCAUUUCCUUCUGACAGACAGUUAGAAAAAGGUGAACAAGUAGUAAAGAUAAACAUUUUAUCUAAAGGUGAUUCAAGAACAUUUGAAAAGUUUAAUGGUGCCAAACAGGAUUCACUCUUACCUCAUACAUCUGCUGUUAAUGUGCCAACUAUUCCAAAACUUACUCUUCUAACUCCAGCAGAUUUCUUGAAUAAGAAAGAAACUUAUAUUGUAAACAAGGAUUCAAACUUUACCGCGAGGAGUGAGACUUGUAUAGGAUCAGCAGUUGUAAGUGAAACCACAUCAAUAGCUUCUACUCCACGAGUGUUAUGUCAAAAUUCAGACCAUAAUCACCCGUUGUCAGAAACUCGUUCAUUUAGAGUUACAGACUUCAAAGAGCAGAUAACUCCAAGAUCAACAAGUUCUGUUACUCCUAGAGAUCAGUUGUCUUCCCUUGGAUUUGAAUCGCAUUCCACACAAACGAUACAGAAAGAAAUUGUCACAAUAAGAAAUAGACUUAAAAACUUUGAUCAAAAGAAGAAAAAGCUAAGGAAAAUGCAGAAACAAUUGAAGCAGCUUUGUGAUUGGCUGAAAGAUAUAGAGGUCAAAGGUCAGGAGUCAGAAGAUGAUGAUGUCAUCAGUGCAAAGCAAGAAGUUCAGGAGCUGUCGGCUGAUGUUGAAGUGUUAAAGAAAUCAGUGGAGGAAGAGAAAUCAAUAUGUGCCAAACUUGUCGAACGUGUGAAACUUUUAACAUCUCAGUUAACAACGUAACUGCCUGAUGUUAUAUAAAAAGAAACAACAGCAACAAUAUAAUAUGGGACUCCGUAAUCGACAAACUUAAAGUUUCCUAUACGGCGCAUUAAGUUUCAUUGGUGAAUUUAAUAACUAAUAUUUUGUGUGAAGCAGAGCAGAUUUUAUUAAUCAUUACAUUUUUCAUUGAAUGAUGUCAAAGAUUUUUAACUUCAACGCAUGCAUGAACGCAUAUGACAAAAUACUGACAAUACGUCUGUUUAUAGACAUGCACCAAUAAUACAGAGUUAGAGUUUACAUGUAUAUAUACUUAAAUUAAGACAUAUGGCAGAAUCAUUGUCACUACAAGACAAUAAUCCAUUGAUGACAAUUAUUUAAAAUAGCGUGUCUUGAGAUAAAAAUUAUUGUUAGAUUGGUUAUUCUUAAGAAGUUGUUAGUUUACUGCAUUUACUAUGACAAAUUUUAUGUUGCAUAUACAAUAUUAGUGUAGAUAGGCCAAGUUAAUUUCAUAUAUAUUCAGUUGAAGGAAACUUUUAAUAUUUGAUUGUUUUUGUGUAUUUUUGUACCUACUCAAUUGAUAGAAAUACACAUUUUGUAUAGGUUAAUUUGUUGGUACAUUUGUGAUGUACACAGUUGUCACAUGUUAUAAUAUCACCUUUUAUCAUACACAUUUUUAUUUUCUGACACAACUUGCCAUUAGUUCAGCAUGCAAUAAUUUUAGGUUGUUGCUGUUUAAUAAGUUCUUUAUUUUUGUUAACAGUGUCUGUAUAGCACUAUGAAAUUUUAUUAAGGGAGAUGUUAAAAUAGAAGAAUAAUUACUUAGAUCAAUAUACAGUUAUUUUAUAGAAGGCAAUAGGUAAUAAUUAAAACUGUCAACUGCAUAUGUAUAAAAAAAACAGUUACUUGACAUGAAAUUCUGUGAGUUUUGUCAAAAAGGACAUUCAUGUUGGUUUUUAAAUUUGUUGAUUGUGUGUUUUGAAAAAAAUGUAAAAUGCACAUAAUACAUGUAUAGUGCAAAAUAAUCUUACAGCAGACAAAAUCGAGUGUUGGAUCUUAAAUUUGUUGAUUGACCUAUCAAAAAAAAACCAGAACACAAAAAUAAGUAACCCAUGAAUAAUUAUGAUUUUGCAGAAACAGUUGAUAACUUAUCAAUGUAAGGUUUUAGACAGUAGCUGGGGCAGUUGUCAUGUAAUAUUGUGUCGAUCAGUAACCACAUGUCAGGUCAGUGUAGAUACACAUUUAUAUACCAUGGACAAAUACAGAGAUAAAUCGUGAAUUUGUAAAAAUUUUUCCAAAACAAAACAACUUAUUUUGAACAUGCAAUGUUCCAAUCAUUACUUCAUAAGUUUUGAUAUUUAAAAAAGUAAAAUUCUCAAAGUUAGUUAUGAAGUGUUUUUGUGUUGUUUGUAUUUAAUAGUGUCACCAUGCCAUUAUGCAUCCAAUGGUAUUUAGUGAGUGAAUGUAGUGAGUGAACAGGUGAAAGUCAAAAUAAGUGAAUAUUGUGUCAUAAUUCCUUUCAAUUUUAUAAUUUACUUCACAUGAACAAUAAAUAACUCAUUUGGCUCAAUAAAAUUUCUGUGAAAAUCCAUCAGAAUUUUCCUGUAUAUUUUUUAAUUUAUUAAAAGAGUGGGGCAGUCUUUUUAUAUUUUAGGCAGAUUUAAACAUUACCAUAAACAUUUUCCAAUAUCAACAGUUGAUCAAUCGCCAUUAUGAUAGUCAGUCUUUUGAAGUACAAGUAUAUAGCAAAUUCAGGUCAACUUGCCAAUGAAAAAUGAGCAGUAUGUCACUUUAAUUAACACCCCUUAAAAAGAAAUAUUAUGCUAGUUUCUUAGAUAUAUAAAUACCUUUUAAACAGCUUCCAGUAUGUGUUGUGAAAUGAAUUUUUGUUAUAUGAAACUGCUAUCUUUUAAAAUUCACAUUCCUUCACUUUUAAUAAUUUAUUGUAAGAUCACCUUGACAAGGUGGGAACCGGUAAUGUGGGAACUUGCCUUUAUAUAUAUUGAUUCAGUUACUAGUAUCUAUGAUUCAUGCUUGUUAAACCAUAAACUGCAGUAAUCAACAGUGAUUAGCGUAAAACCAAAUAAGACAGCACAAUGACCAACCAUGGUCUAUUUUGCUGGUAGAUCAGUUAUAGUAUUUUAUACAGUAAUUGAGAUCUCUAAUUUGAACAGAACAUUCAAAAUUCUAGGCAGGGCAAAAUUUUUUCUACUGUACAAAUUUCAGCAGGUUAUGUGUUAACCAAUUGUGCAAAGCUAUUUUUUCUUCAGCACGUAAAUAAAUGUAUGAAAACAUGUAUAGGAAAAUAUUUUAGUUACUGUGAUAGCUGUUAACUGUGACUGUUAGUUUAAUAUUGUAAUAAAAAAGUUGUAUGUACAUAUGCUUGUAUAAUAUUGUUGCAUUAUAAAUUAUAUUUUUCCAUUUUCAUAUUUAUUUCAUUAGUUAUGAAAAAAUACAUUAAAGGUCUAAAAUAUGA